ACCAUGAGCCUUUCAAGACAUCAAAAUGCAGCUUUUCACUGAUGAUAUGUGUCUGCUCUCUGGACCUUCAAGCGGAGUCGCAGAGAAGCACACCGCUGUCGGUCCACCACACACGGCGCCUCCCCGGAGCGUGUUCCCUUUGACUAGAAGUCAAGAGGGAAUGUGGCUCGAGUUUGCAACCGAUCCCACGAGUACAAAAUACAACCUUACUUUGGAAUGGGAUGUUGGACAGAAACAAGAUGGUGAGGCUGUGCCAACGACGACAGCUGUUUUUGAUGUUAUACAUACCCUGACCAAGCGUCACCCCAACUUACGAUCCACUUUUGUCGAAGUUGACAAUAAACCUCAUAUCCAGGAGUUUGACGCUGGAGCUACCGUGCCUGAUAUACGAAUACUAUACCGGCCCGAUGCAACACUUACAGAGCCAUUAGUGACGCCAACUCUCCGGCGUCCCUUCGACCUACGCAACGAGUUCUCAGUACGAUGGAUCAUAUUGAAGGCUGGGGGCAGCUUGCGAAUCUACCUUGUGUCACACCACAUCAUGGUAGACGGUCAAUCGAUGUCUAUGAUUUCUCGUGAAUUUAUGGACCUUUUACAAGACCCGGCUGUUCAGCUACCUCAACUCGCACCUUUCAGCAGUAUGCAUAUGAUCGAGAAAGCCUGGGCACGAUCACCUUUGUAUACCGCAAAUCGAGAAGUGCUACUAUCACAAGUAAUAAAUAAAGACAACGGACCAUGGCCGCAUCUGAGUCGACACCAUACCUUGACUUCUAGCGAUACUGAUCCUUAUCGAAAGAUAGAAUCAUGGACCACAUUCACCAAAGAAGAUCUCGGGCAAUGGAGCCAGAUUUUCAAGACAUCCUGGUUCCGUGUAGCCACAACACUAGUCGGCCUCCUCGUCCUGGACCAAACCCGCCCACAACGAAACAAAGAUCUCGUCCUUUCAGUUGGUUUUGGAAGCCGACCGAAAGAGAUGAACUCCUGCAUUGGACAAUUUGCCAACGCUCUACCUGUAAAAGUCCCCCUGUGGAAGAUCUUAGAGUCCAAGAGCGCAGGCCGCAAUUUCGCAUCUCUCGUAUCAGCAACCGGCAAGAACAUCAGCGCCGUCAAGAAGGCCGAGAUGUUCCCAGCUGUAGAUGUCGUUCGAGCUUGCCGCAGUGCGACUGUCGAUUACGAACCCCCUCGAGUUGCUGUCACAUACUCACCCAAGCUGGCUAAGCCUGAGUGUCGUUUGUUCCCAGUUGAGGGAACAUGGGACUUGUUCUUUUGCUUCCUCGAAUACGAGAAUGAUGUCAAGCUAGGUGUCAUCUACAAUCCCAAGGUCUUCUCUCUGCAACAAAUUCGUGACAUGGAGACUAAAUUUGAAGGUCUCGUACAGCUUAGCAAGACUGAGAAGAUUCAACUUGAUGAUAUGCUUGAUUGGCUUCCGAGUUAUCCAGCGCUGCCCACGGAGAAUUCAACUGCUUCCCCGAGCGUAUCGAACAAUCCUCUAAAACAUGUCCAUCAGUUAAUUGAUGCCCACUCGCUGACCAAUCCGAACUCCAUUGCGUUGCAUUCCAGCGAGCUGGGGAUGUCCAUGACGUACUCAGAGCUAUAUUCAUCCACAGAGAAGAAAGCCCGAGUCCUCAAUUCGAAAGGUAUCGGGCGAGAGUCUCGCGUCGUCCUUCAACUCCGUCGCGGAUUCGCCUUGAUGGAAUGGAUUCUGGCCAUCCUCAAAAGUGGCGCUGCCUACAUCUAUCUCGAUCCAGACCUGUCCGAUGUGCAACAGUCUAAGAUCUUAGAUGUUUGCAAAUCGCAACUAGUUAUCGAUCAAGACACUGCUUAUGAACUACUUCGCACUUCGCUUGAUACAGAGGAUGACCUGCGCGGUAUUGAAUUGGAAGAGGUUAAAUAUGGUACACAGGACAGUGACCUUGCCUAUAUGAUCUUCACAUCUGGCUCGACGGGUGAGCCCAAAGGUGUCAUGGUUGAACAUGGAAACAUCGCCGCCUUCUCUCGAGCCGCUCUCGACGGGACAUAUGAAUGUGGAUUCGGUACACGAGUUCUGCAAUUUGCGUCGUUCUCUUUCGACGCAUCUAUACUUGAAUGGACUUCGGCUCUCUGUUCAGGUGCUACGCUGUGCUUUGCUCAGCAUCCCAAACAGCUCCUCGGCGACUAUCUCGCGGAUGUGCUAGAGCAAAAUAAGGUCUCUUUCCUUCAAAUCACGCCGACUGCAUUGGAGACUUUGCCAUACUCGAGGGAAGUAUCUCACCUCCGACAGAUUUCCGUUGGCGGCGAGGCACCCUCACGAGAGAUCUUUGCUAAGUGGCAUUCCCGUGUCAAUCUAGUUAAUUCCUAUGGACCGACAGAGGCAGCCAUUGCAGUGACCUUCAACAAGAUCGACAAAACAGACCCAUUGCCUGAAUUGAUAUCAGUAGGUCGCCCAUCAAUACCCGAAACAAUGGUCCACAUCUGCUCCGAGGAUUUCACCUCAACCCUGCUACCGAACUCACAAGGCGAGGUAUGCAUCGCCGGCCCUCAAGUCGCCAGGGGAUAUUGCGAGAAGCCCGAAAUCACAGCGAAGCACUUCGCGGUACACGCCAACGGACAGCGCAUGUAUCGCACCGGAGACCGCGGGCAGCUACUCGACGACGGUUCACUCCUGAUCACGGGUCGAAUUGAUCGAGACUUCAAGGUGCGUGGAUACCGCAUCUCGCCCGAAGAAAUCGAGAUCGCAAUCAUGGAUGCCAACUGUGGAGUACGUGAGUGCUCUGUUCAGCUUUCGGCUACCGGUCUUGAGAUAUUGGCUUGUGUUGCACCUGCAUAUGCCCAGCCGAAGGCACUCAUGAGUGCUUUGAGGAAUCAAUUAGCGCUGCAUAAGGUUCCUUCUAGAAUUAUUGCUGUUUCUACUUUGCCUAAGAGUUCAAGUGGCAAGAUUGAUCACAAAGCGGUGAGAGCUCAAGGACUCUUUGACAAGCCCAGUUCUAGGCUCCGGGGUUCACGGUCAGAGACAUCGGAAGCCAGUGAAGAAGACGAGGAUGAAGGUCUAGGAAGCUUGACCUACGAUGCAGCCAAAAAAACAAUCGCCAAUAUCUGGAUGGACGUUCUUGGACUUCCAGAGCCGCCUCCUGAUACCGCCAAGUUCUUCGACCUCGGUGGCCACAGUCUGCUCGUCGGAAAACUCCAUGCGCAACUCAAAACGGCAUUUCCCUCAAAGCCCAUCAGGCAAAUUGAUCUGUUCAAUCAAUCCACUAUUCGACAGCAGGUCGCACUAGUAGGUGGUGAAAAGAGUACACCACGCAAGCUCAAGUUGUCUACCACUUCCCGCAAGCGCUCAUCUCGCAAGACAUCCAACACCUCCCGCCGGAGACGGAAUGAUUCUGACGAUCGCGUCGCAACGACGACGCCUACCAUUGACACUGAAAAUAUGAUUGCACAGAUAUGGAAGAACGUGUUGCAGUUGUCUGAAGCACCCUCUUCAGACACCAAGUUCUUCGACCUCGGUGGACACAGUUUGCUUAUCCCCCGAAUACAUGAAGAGUUUAAGCGAUCAUUCCCUGAGACACACGUUCGCAUCGUGGAUCUCUUCCAAUUAGCAACCAUCAAACAACAGGCUUCGCUGUUUGCAGGAGCUCGCAACCUCAGCACACAAGACCCCAUACAAAGAGUAGAAAGACAUCGGGAUACCCAAUACGUCGAUUCAAGUGAAGACUCCUCUUCGAGAACGCAAUCCGACGUAGAAUCCGGCUCCAUCACUCCAGCCACAUCGCACACCAGCUCUAGCAUCUAUACCCAAGACUCCGAAGUCGCCAUCAUCGGUGUAGGGGGUCGAUUCCCCCGUGCCAGAAACACCGAUGAGUUCUACGAGAACCUCCUCGCCCGCCAAUCAGGCGUAUCAACGUCCGAAACCACCAGAGAAACCCUCCCAGGCAACACCUGGAUCCCGAAAGCGGGCACAUUACAAGACAUCGAAGACUUCGACCACGAGUUCUGGAAGAUCCCUCGGGAAGAAGCCAUAGAGAUGGACCCACAACAACGUAUCCUGCUAGAAGUCGCCUACGAAGCUCUCUACGACGCAGGAAUCUCCAUCGAAAGCAUUGGUAACGAACGACACAUUGGCUUGUUCGUCGGUGCCGCUGCAAACAGCUACCAUCUCCAAACCGAAUCAGUGACUUCGGACUCCUUCCUGCGCGAGAACAAGGGUCUGUUCGGCGCGUCGUUGUCGGCUCGCACGGCGUACCAUCUGAACCUCAGUGGGCCGAACGUCACGGUUCAGACGAACUGUGCGAGUAGCAUCGUGGCGUUGUCGCUCGCGUGCGACGCCAUUCGUCAGGGGCGUUGCGAUACAGCUGUGGUAGCGGGUGUCAGUGUCCAAUUGUUUGAUGGGGGAUACGUUGCGAAAGAAGGACACAUGUUCUCCAUGAAAGGCGAAUGCAACCCCUUCGACGCGCGCGCCGACGGAACCGUCCCUGCUGAUGCCGUCGCUGCAGUCGUGCUUCAACGUCAUGACAAGGCAGUGGAAGAUAACAACCCCAUCUACGCCAACGUUCUGGGUACGGGAAUCGGAUCCGAUGGUGCGAUAGAGAAGGCCGGGUAUCAGAUCUCGUCGCCCAGGGGCCAGGCUGAAGUGAUCAAGUCGGCGUGGAGGGCUGCGGGCUUGAAGCCAGAGAGACUUAGAUAUGCUGAGGCACACGGAAGCGGCACCCCCAUCGGCGACUCCCUCGAGCUCGAAGGCCUCUGUCUCGCCAUCCGCGAGGCUGGCGGUAUAAGAGCGCCCUUCACGGUCGGCUCCACGAAGGGCAGCAUUGGAAACUCACAGCACGCAUCCGGCCUCGUCUCCCUCAUCAAGCUCUGCAAAUCCAUGCAAGGAGGUGUCGUGCCACCAACUGGGGGCUUCCAGUCGCCCAACGAAAUGAUCGAUUCCAGUCUGCCGAUUGAGUUCGCGAGUGGGGAGGUCAAGCUUUCGCGCGACGAUGUGCUCAGCGUUUCGGCGAGUGGGUGGGGAGGCGUGAAUUCUUAUGCGAUUCUGGGGCAUCCUGAGGAGGGGGUGAGGAAGCGGAGGACGAGGAAUGUGCCCGAGGGGACGUUUGAGAGGAGGACAUUGAGGGCGCCGAGGUUGGGGAGGGAGAUAGUGGAGGUUGGGCAGCAGGCUGUUUAGAUGUG